CUUGACGCAGUCUGUCGGUUCAGUGGCAGCAGGGAAAUCACUGAAAUCUGGGAUAUCUGGGAAAAGGGCAGUCGGUGAAAACCGGGACUAAACCGGCUCUAAUCCCGGCCAAGCGUAGACCGUCGCCCCCCGGAGCCUCCGGCGGACCCUCCCGCUCCGCGUCCCCGCUGCUGGCUGCGGUUUUUCUGCCUCUUAACCUCCGCUGGAUCCGCACAAUUGAAUCUUCCGCCGUGAGCUGUUGGACCGAGCAGACCAAAGAUGGAGCAGGUGUCCGACGAGGAGGUGGAGGUGAGAGAGGACGAGGAGGAGGAGGAGGACAGCGAUAAGGAGGACCAGGACCUGGACAAGAUGUUUGGAGCCUGGCUGGGGGAGCUGGAUAAGCUCACUCAGGUAACUCAGAGCCUCGAUGACGGUCGUCCAGAGCGUCCUCCUCAGCAGAAGGCUCCCCUCAGACAGGAGACCAACAUGGCCAACUUCUCCUACAGAUUCUCCAUCUACAACAUCAACGAGGCCUUGAAUCAGGGCGAGAACGUGGACCUGGACGCUCUCAUGGCGGAUCUCUGCUCCAUCGAGCAGGAGCUCAGCACCAUCAACACCAAACCCAACAGCCUGGCCCGCCUGGGUCUGACCGACACCAAGGUUCGUCAGAAGCCUCCAGCAGGUCGCAGCAGCCGGCAGCAGCCAGCCGGCGGCGGCAGCAACAGCGUCGGCGGCGGUGGUGGCGGCAGCAGUGGAGCGAGUAGCAGCAGCAGCAGCACCAGAGCUUCACCGGCCGGAACCAUCAGAGCUCCGACCGGGCAUCAUGGGAGACCAGCGCUGGCGUCUAACUUCAGCCUGGACGACAUCACGGCUCAGCUGGAGAAGGCGUCCCUCAGCAUGGACGAAGCCGCCCGUCAGACGUCCUCCCACUCCCUAAGCUCCGCCUCCUCCUACACGUCGGCCACCAUGCGGCGACCCGGGACCUCUCAGCGCCAGCACCGGAGAACCGGAUCGGUCGGCACCGUCAGCGACCACGAGGUGCGCUCCAUCGUCCAGUCGUCUCGCUCCUCCGUCACCUCGGCCUCCGGAGUCUCGGUGAACUCGGCCUCCUCCAUGGACUCGCUGGACAGCGUCCUCCGGUCCGAGUCCGACGGUGGGCAGCCGUCAGCCGAAGGAGCCGGUCAGAGUCACCAAGUCACCGAGCACUCCUAUCUGGACAGGGAAACCUCUCUGAUUCUGAGAAACAUAGCAGGAAAACCUUCCCACCUGCUGACAAAGGAGGAGCAGGCGGCCAAGCUGAAGGCUGAGAACAUCCGGGUGGCCCUGGAGAAGAUCAAGGAGGCUCAGGUGAAGAAGCUGGUCAUUCGUGUCCACUUGUCAGACGAGAGCUCCAAGACGAUGAUGGUGGACGAGAGACAGACGGUCAGACAGGUUCUGGACAGUUUACUGGAGAAGUCCCACUGUGGUUAUAGUGCAGACUGGUCACUGGUGGAGACCAUCAACGAGCUGCAGAUGGAGCGGAUCUUCGAGGACCACGAGAACCUGGUGGAGAACUUGCUGAACUGGACCAGAGACAGCCAGAACCGCCUCAUGUUCACCGAGCGCAUCGAGAAGUACGCUCUGUUCAAGAACCCACAGAACUAUUUGCUGGGGCGGAAGGAGACGUGUGAGAUGGCUGAGCGGAACAAAGAGGCGCUGUUAGAGGAGUGCUUCGGGGGCAGCUCGGUGUCCGUCCCCGAGAUGGAGGGAGUGCUGUGGCUCAAAGAGGACGGGAAGAAGUCGUGGAAGAAGCGCUACUUCCUGCUGAGGGCUUCUGGCAUCUACUACGUCCCGAAGGGCAAAGCCAAGGCGUCCAGAGACCUGGUGUGUUUCCUCCAGCUGGAUCACGUUAACGUCUACCUUGGCCAGGACUACAAGAGCAAGUACAAGGCUCCGACCGACUACUGCAUGGUGCUGAAGCACCCUCAGAUCCAGAAGAAGUCGCAGUACAUCAAGUACCUGUGCUGCGACGACGUCAGAACCCUGCAGCAGUGGAUCAACAGCAUCCGCAUCGCCAAGUACGGGAAGCAGCUCUACAUCAACUUCCAGGAGGCGAUGAGGAGGUCGGAGGCGGCCUACGACUGGUCUUCCCUUUCUUCUUCCUCCAUCAAGUCAGGAUCCAGCUCAUCCAGCCUUCCAGAGUCCCAGUCCAACCACUCCAGCCAGUCGGACAGCGGCGUGUCCGAGAUGACGUCAUCAGGCCACACCCGCUCGCAGAGCGUCGUCAGCUCCAUCUUCUCAGACGCCUGGAGGAGAGGAACCCAAGGAGAGAUGAUGAGGAUCGACCCUAUCAGUAGGCCCAUCCCGGUCCAGAUCCCCACCCUGUCCCCCCAGCCUCAGACUCCUCCCUCCAGGAGCAGCUACACCGACGGCCUCCUCCCGUCUGACGACUCCUCUCCGUCGCCUCCUUCGCCUCCCCCUCCUCCCCCUCCGCCCCCCAUGACCAGCUUGACCCACCAGCCGGCGCCUCCUGCCUCCUACGUCAAGUACAGCACACUGGCCCGGCUGCAGAGCCAGAACCAGUCCAGGACCCAGCAGGCCGGUCCCACCCCUCCCUCCAACUACAACACCCUCCCGGCUGCCUACAGCGCCUCCCCUCCGCUGCCCCCGUCUCCUCCCCCUCCUCCUCCCCCCACAGCUCCAGCUCCUGGUUCAGCCAUGGCGGCGCUGAAGUUUGGUCCCUCCAGCCCCUGUGCUCUCCCCCCACCUCCCCCGCUGGAGGAGGACAUGCAGGAGCCCUCCUACCUGCCACCUCCUCCCCCUGAGAGCCUGGAGGCCAACGGGCUGCCACCUCCUCCCCCUCUGGACCCCGAGUCCUGCCCCCAGCUGUCCAACGCCGGCCUGCAGCAGUUCCUGUCGCAGAAGUUUCCCAACAUGGUGUACGACUUCAGCCCGGCGGCGGCCGACGACGGCUCUCCUCCUCCUCCUCCCCCCGGAGCCGAGCUCUCUCCUCCCACCUCCCUGCAGGUGCUCCGGCCUCUGUCCCCUAAUGCUCCUCCUCCUGCUCCUCCCAAAACCUUCACCGGCGGGUUUCCUCCUCAGACGGCUCCCAAACCCUCAGGCCCCUCCUCCCUCCCCCUCGCCCUCUCCCCCGUCUCCCCCACCCAGCCUCAGAUGGGACACGGGCCCUUUAAGAAGCAGCAGAGUUUCUCCACCGGACACUCCCCCAACCAGCCUCCUCCCACUCUGCCCAAGCAGCACAGCCUCUCCUCCAAAAACCUGGCCAUCUCUCCUUCCUCCUCCUCCUCGGUGUCCAUCGCGGCUGCUACCUCCUCUCUGGUCAAACAGAUUGUCAAUCAGUUCCCAGGAAACUCCGCCCCUUCCUCCCUGCCCUCCUCCAACUCCACGGAGGGCUCCAAGUUCUCUGCUCCUCAGUCUCCUCCGGCGGUGAAAGCCAAACCAAAGUGGCAGCCAGGAGGUGUGGUAGCUCCUCAGUCUCCAGAGUUCCCUCCACCUCCUCCUGACAGCUCCCUGGGAGACUUCCCUCCUCCCCCCUCCUCCAAGACGGGCUCCCCCGUAAAGAAGUCGCCUUCCACCUCGUCCACCGGAUCCUCCAAGAGGGGGCCUCCGCCGACGCCCCAGAGAGCCUCCUCCAUCCGGGAGGGCCAGGAGGAGAGGCCCAAGAAGGUGGAGAGUCUGGUCAGUAAGUUUGGCCAGGCUCCUCAGACCGGCACCUCCUCCAGCUCCUCCUCCGCCACCGGCUCUCCCUCCAAAGACUCCUCCCUUCCUGCUCCGCUGCCCAAGCCGGGGAAGCUGAACUUGGCCAACCUCCCUCUGGCGCUGCAGGGCCUUCAGACCGGGCAGCACCACCAGCCCGACUUCCCCUCCCCUCCACCUCCGCCGCCCCCCUCCCAGCCUGCUCACCUGGACUCCUCACCUGACUAUUUCCCGCCUCCCCCCAGUGACUCGGAGCUCUUCCCUCCCCCUCCUCACCCGUCAGAGUUCCAUCACCCCCCGAAGGUUGCCGUGGUGAACCCCCAGCCCCAGAUGCAGCCGCCGGCAACCUCGUCUCUGUCCACGUCGUCAUGGAAACAAGGCUCGCUGAAGAAGGGGGCGGUGGCUCCGCCCACGCUGAGCCGGCGGACCAGCAACACGGGCCAAUACGACAGCAGCUCCAUGCCUCUCUCGCCGCCGCCGCUGUCUCAGACUCCGCCUCCCUCCCUGACCUCCUACUCCUCCUCCUCCCCCAUCCCCCCCACCUCCCCUAAGUCUCCUGGCCCCAGCUCCCUGGCCCUGAAGCCUCACUUCCUGGAAGACCUCAACCGCACCCUGAAGAGGAAGUCGGUGUCCCGCCACGGCUCGCUCACCUCCUCCCACCUCAUCACCUCCUCCAAGAUGGAGCCCGUGGGCACCAUGGACGACAUGGCGCUGCUCCCGCCUCCUCCCCCGGAGCUCCUGCAGCAGCAGCAGCAGGGCGUCCGGGGACACUCCCAAACUCUGUCCCGCCACCACACGCACUCCCAGUCCGCCAAACAUGCCAACAUCUCAGGCUAUGCAACGCUGCGGCGAGGCCCGCCUCCCGCUCCACCUAAACGGGACCAAAGCACCAAACUGACCAGUGAGUGGUAGGAGCAGGGACGCUGGGCGGAGCCUCAACAACUGAACUGACCAAUGAGGUCUCGUCGUUCCUGCAGAGAAGAAAUAAUCAGUGUCUGUCUUGACUUGUCCGUCUCUCCUCAUCCUGAACCAUCCUGGAUUCCGAGCAAGUAGCAAGCCGUGUUUCCUCCUAAUCUCAGAUUAUGAUUGUUAAUAUUAACCUCAUUAUUACUAUCAUUACCGAUACAUGUUUAAUCCAAUGACAUGAGUAAAAAUAUAUAUAUGUAUAUAUAUAUCUGUAUACAAGCAAGCCAGAAGAAUCACCUAUCGAGCUUUUUUCACAAUGUCUGUGCAGCUUUGCAUUGAAAUAUACAAAAGACGAGACUUGAACGGCAACAGAGACACUUUGCUGCAAAACCACAGGUACUGCAUGGAGCAGUGGACGCUGCCGAUCAAGGGAAGGAGGAUCCACGGAAGGAACACGAUGUGAAAGUGGAAUGAUGUGUAUAGAAGUGUGUGUUGUGAACCUGGGGGGUGGGGGGGCGGGGGGGCAUCGCCAUUUAUUUCAAACUUUUUUUGUGUGUGUUUUUAUAUAAGAUUAUUUAAUACUGGAAAGAUAUUGUUAUUAUAAUUAUUUUAAAUUUUAAGAAGUGUCAGAAGAGAAUGAGUCGGACUGGGUGUGUAUUCUCAAAACCUGUCUUAUCCGAGUUGCCAAACUAGCAAACAGCUCGAUCCUCUGAGUUUUUAUUUGGAUCAUUUCUUUGAGGUUUGAGCUUCACGGCUGAUUGGUCGGUCGGGUUUGAUGUUUGAAUGCAAACAGAUUGAACAAACGCUUGUAGUCAGACAGAGGCUGCGCUCAGAUCACAGGAACUCUGAACCAGCUUAGACUGAACUUUGCAUCAUGUAGUAUUAUUAUAACUGUAAAGGGAACUUUAACGUCUUCCCUCCUCUUCAUGAAGUUUGUUGGAGGCCGUCAGGACCAACGUUGAACAUCCAGAUUUAAACGUGAAUUUCAGGUUUGAAUCCUGUGAACCUCCUCUAAUCUGAGCUCAGCCUUCAGUCGCUCCUCACGUGUUGGUGGCAGACUGAUCAACACCUUGUUCAGAUCGGUAACCAGCACACCGAGGAGCUCACCAGCUUCAUCCAGCGCUGUGUGGAAGAAGGCCACUGUCAUUUCUCUAGUGAAUAAAUCAGUCACAUGUCUGUCGUUGUAACGGCUGGUUGGUCACUUCACUGGCUGGCUGUGGAGGCCGAGUGUCCACCCAGUGUCCACUUGGUGUGUCCACUCAGUGUCUACGGGGACGUUGAUGGGAACAAGUGCCUGAAAAACAAAACGCUCAACCUGCUCACAGAGACCCUCCACAAACACUCGGCUCUAACGGGUCCACGACGUUUCUGACAUUUUACAGCUUAAAACUCACCUUAAAACACCGUCUUUAUCCUGCAGCCAGAAAAAAAAAACAACUUGGAGCAAAUCUAGGAGGAGCUGACAUGAGACAACAGCUCAGAGUCACGUUUAGGCCUUUAGCUCCACAUCAUCAGAGCAGGAGCGUCUCAGAAGGCAGCGCCACCAGCUACGAUAAAUAACACGGCUGUAGUAAAACCAGCUGUUUGCCAGCUGCUAGAAACCCUUAAAAACAAAACUCUGUCUGUCUGAGAGAAUCCUUAUUCUUUCAUGUCAGCUGCUGUCGGCCAUUUUAAUUCUGUCCAGUCACGUAAACUCAGAAAAGACGUUUUACGUUGUUUCCCAAAACUUUUUGUGAAACUGAGGAAGUUUGUUUAAACUGCGGCGUUUCUAUGAACCUUUUCUGAUGCUUUAAAGUACAUUUAACAUGACCGUUUAUAUCAGAGGAGGUCCGAUCAUCUUGUGCUGCUGGGAGUCGGAUCAAAACCCACGAGUUCAUAAACAGUCAGCCUCCUCCACUGUGAUUCCACAACAAGUCGCUCUGACAAACACCAAACUAUGAGACGUUCAGCCGCGUUUAAUCGGAUGUUUGAAGCUGAAAUGUUCUGUCAGGUGUGAUAUAAACAGAAAACCGUUGGAAACAUGGAAAAAGAGGCAGAACUGACUGGUUGGAGCAUCUCACACGGUUUCAUAGUGACGGUAAACUGAUCGGGGCUUUUGACAGCUGUUUGGGUAUUUUCACCACUCUGAGACGUUAAAACGCUAAAACUCCUGCAAUAAAAACAACGAGCUCCUUAAAAACCUGAGCCGGUGCCUGGAGGCAGAUUUAAAGCAUAAAGAAAGAAGCCGAACGGAUCCAACCUGAGUCUGUGAAUUAGCUUCAUAGUUAGCGUGUUAGUCGGUGCAUAACUCAUCACGGGUUGGUCGUUAGUUUGUUAGUUAGUUAGGUUAGGUAACCAGCUGGAGGAGGCGGUCAGCGUGCUGCUCCAUCCGUUCACAGAUCAGCUGAUUCAAGGUUUUUUAAACACAUUUUCUGAUCAGUUUUUUUUAUACGAGUAUGUUUUCGGUGCAGCUGAGCCUCGGUCUGGUUCCUGUUUCUGUCUCCCUGCAUGACGCCGGUGCAACAGCACAGAUGCCAAAAAUGUACCGUUACUGCCCCGGUUUUGAUUUUUAAGUGCAAUCAUAUCUGUUUCUGAAGGUUUCUUUCUAAUGUGUAACUGUGGUUAGAAGAUGGUUUCAGUCAGUUUGGACAUCAGGUGUGAUGUCGCUGGAGGAGGAAGAGGCGUCCCUCCUCCUCCUCCUCCUCCGCCCGCCGCCCUGCAGGACAGCACUCACCACGGAGGAUUUCAGCGACGCUCGAGAGCAACGUACGGUCUGAAAGUGGUCAACGUCUUGAAAUGUCUUGCUCAAGGACGCCCGGCAGAGCACAUGGCUGUUAUUGGUGUCAAAACUGCUGUUGCAUUUAAAUAAAGGAGAGAAAUGAGUCAAACCCGA